UACGCAGGUGUGUGAAUAACAGCAGGAGGUGUGGUUCUCUUAGCGCCAAACCCAAACUUUUUACGCACAGCGCCGCUUCCUCACCUUCACCUCUCCCUCUUUCUUCUCUCCUGAGUUGAUUCUGCAUCAUUCCCACUCUUUAACUCCAGAUUACGGCGGAUUAACGGGGCACCUUCUCGGGGAGCCGUGCUUUAACAUGUCGGGGUUUGUUGUCUCGGGUCGCACCUGCCGACUCUCUGCAGGGAACAGAAGAUCCCACUUGUCUUGUCUUUAAUCCUCGUUUCCGCAUUCCCGCAGCCGCCGUGCGCUAAGAUCCACCGUCUCAACAGAAAAAACCGGUUCCUCCGGCUAAUCUACCCCAACUAUUGCUGGCGGUGCAUUAUGUAUCCGGCGAGAGGACGAGAGGGAAACCGGAGCUGUGCGCGGCUGGUGCCUGUGGGCUGUAAAAGGCCGUUUUCGGCGGACUGAUAAAAGAAGCCUGGAUCAAACCUGCCGCCGCUCCUUCAUGUCCCGGGAUGGAAGGCUGCUGCCGCUCAUGUAUGCCGUGUUGUAGCCGGCUAUGGAACUGGAUAUGGCCCGACUUCCGCUACCCAACCGUCCCAAACCACGACCAUGUCAUCGCGAACCCCGCGGCGCAGGCGGCGGAGAUCCGCACCGUGUCCGGCGACAUCCGCGCUCCGUCGCCGAAGAAGCGGCCGGUGCAGUUGUACGCGGCGCUCUUCGACUUCGAGGCCCGCAGCGACGACGAGCUGACGGUGAAGGAGGGAGACAAACUGUCGGUGAUCGAGAAGCGGGGGGAGUACGUGCUGGCCAAGAAGCUGACCGGCUCUCUGGAGUCUGGACUGAUCCCGGCGAACUACGUGGCUCUGCUGCAGGACGAGUUCGCCAAACACAAGUGGUACUACGGCAACAUCAACAGAGUGAAAGCUGAGAAGCUGCUCCUGGCUUCCCAAAAUAAAGAUGGCUCGUUCCUGGUUCGCAUCAGUGAGAGCCACAGUAAUGAGUACACAAUCUCUGCCCGGAGUGAGGGGAAGGUGUUUCACUUCAGGAUUCAGCGCUCCAUCAUCGGUGCAUACUUUGUCUCGGACAAAAUCUCUUUCGCCACCUUGGGAGAACUCAUCUCCUACUAUCAGAAAAACACUCGCAGCCUGGGAGUGCUGCUGGUGGAGCCCUGCGCCCAGCAGCGGGAGCUGUUCGACAUGGAGCCGUGGGAGAGACCUCGAGAGGAGUUCAAGCUCCACAAGAAGCUGGGAGAGGGGCACUUUGGAGAGGUGUGGGAAGCUGUGUGGACCACGGAGAACAAGAAGGUUGCCAUAAAGAUGCUGAAACAAGAGGACACAAAGCAGGAUGAGUUUGUGAAGGAGGUUCAUGCACUGAAGAGCCUCCACCACCCGAAGCUCAUCCAGCUGCUGGCCAUGUGUUCCAGAGGAGAACCGGUCUAUAUCGUGACUGAACUCAUGACCAAAGGAAGCCUCAAGUCCUACCUCGCCUCUGCUGAAGGUCAGGUGUUGACAUCGGCUCAUCUGAUCUAUAUGGGCAGUCAGAUUGCAGAAGGCAUGGCCUACCUGGAGGACAGGAACAUUGUCCACAGAGACCUGGCAGCCAGGAACAUCCUAGUGGGAGACGACCUGGUCUGCAAGGUGGCCGACUUUGGACUGGCCCGGAUAAUUAAGGACAGUGUGUAUACAGCGAGUCGAAACACAAAGAUCCCAGUGCGGUGGACGGCUCCUGAGGCGGCGAUUUACCAGCGCUUCUCUGUAAAAUCGGAUGUUUGGUCUUUUGCUGUGCUGCUGUACGAGAUGAUGUCACGUGGCAAAAUGCCUUAUGAAGGAAAAAGUAAUAAGGAAGUGUUGGAUCUGCUGUCGUCUGGAUUUCGGCUGCCCUGUCCAAACCGCUGUCCUCAGAAUAUUUACCGUAUCAUGAUGGACUGCUGGGCUGCUGAGCCCUCUAAGAGACCCUCCUUCCACGCCUUGCACAGUCAACUAGACUCAAUCUAUGCUAGGAUAUAUUUCAAGACUAUAGAGGUGUAGAAAGAGGCCUGAGACAUGGACGGAAAAUAUGACAGCAGUAUAAAUGGUGCAAGAGCAAUUCCUCCACAAUCGACCUCCGACAGAGGGACAGGCAACCAAAGUUCAGGAGGAAUAAAAAUGGAAAAUGAGAAACUGCAAGGAAUAUUCUCAUUCCCCAUGCAAUACACUUCUACAACAGGGUAUAUUUACUGUAAGACCACAACCAGAGCAUCGGAAAUGGACUUUCACAUGUGUUGAGGAGGAGAAGACCAAGUCAAAUAAGAAUGGGGAAAUUUAGAGCAUAAAGGAGAUUUUGGGUUUUUUUUAGGCUAAAAGAAAAAGACUGAAAAAUACACUCCUUUCUAAAAACAACCAAAAAACUAUAACCCUCAAAGUGAAACCCUCGGCACAUGCACAGCACCAUCUGCGUUGAAUUUUAUACCCGUCUGUGUUUUUAUAUGAUAUUUUACUACUUUGGUAUGUGCCAUGUCUGUGUGUAUGCACACUUGUUGAAAUGUUAUGAAAAUGCAGGUCAUUACUUAAAUUAUUCACCUGUCAUUUGACUGCAAAGCCAGUGCUAAAAUUAAGGUUAUGUGCAAUAAUUAAAUGCUUGCUGAGUUUUAGCCAUGCUUGGGGCCUGGUGAUCUUGGAAGGGAUUAGAGUAGUGAAUUGGUACUGACCUUUGAACCUUGGCUGUUGUGAUCGCAUGACCUUUCACAACCAGCACCAUCAUCAAGUCAGUUUCCUCCAGAGGAUGAUCACGACAGUCAGCCUUAGCUGAACUUAGCUGAGGUUAAAGGAAAUGAUAAGCCAAAGAUACAGUAACUGAGACUUGGACGAAUGACUAAUAACUCUUAAUGCACACGUGGCACGCAAGUAUUGUUUUAAAACAGUGUUUUUUUAAAAAAGACAAACAAAAGAAUUAAAAACUGCAUUGUAAUGUUUCCAGAUAUAUGCAUUUCCAAGCUCUUGCUGAUAGUUCAUCAAGAAUGUCAACACCGCAUUGAUACCUUUACAUUAACUAGGGAGCCAGAAUGAGCAUUGGAAUGGGAAAGCGUGAGUCUGGCUUAUUGCCAUAUAAUAUUAUAUAAUGUAUUUACUUUGCUUAAACCUGUAAUCACACAAAUAAAAACAUCUACAGAUGAUUCACUUCUAGAAUUUUACCAGAGUCUCCUUCAACUGUUUGGAACCUCAUGCCAUCUACAUAGACAAGAGUGGCAACAGUUUUACAUGACUCAAAAAUCGUGUUUUGUAAGUCUUUUGAGAAAUAAACCUACUUCUCACUUGAUUUAUCAUGCAAGUAAACAAUUACUCACAGUUCUUCAAAAGAAUAUGAUGUCAAUUUUGUAAAUAAUAUUCCUACAAAUUUCAGGCUCUCACAGCCGCCGCCCUGCCAGCAGGUGGUGCUAUGCUCUUGACUCAGUUUUUAUGUGCUGAUGUCUGAACGGGUCUGUUGUCUCACUCACGAAUGAAGUUUCGAGCAGAUCGGUCAAUGUACGGCAAAGUUGCAGGGUGAAUGGUCAAAAUCCGCCCAAAUUCCGAUGGUUGACAUGGCCACGCCCUUUUUAAUCUGCAAGAUCUUUUGAUAACUUUUCAUCUCUGAUGUGUGUAGUACAAAUUGACACAUUUUUCAUGUUGGUACAGACAAGUUUGUUCAUUUAUGAAACGUGCACAUCGCCAAGAUGGACACCGACACAAAAUGUUAAAUGUGAUCCUUUUGGGGAGAAAAUAAAAAACAUUCCAGGAAUUCCAACAGGUCCUCGCACCACUGUGUUAGUGCUCGGGCCCUUAAAACAUGGCACAUACGAGGGGACACCAGUGUGAUUGACGGCUGGUAUUGCCCAAUAGGCGCAUUUGUGAACUUCCAUUUACAAAAUGUAAACAUGACGUUGGCCAUAUUGUGAAACCUCACAACCAGAAUGUGUUUUGAAACUGGAAGACUACGUGCAUUUUCAUACGCAGGUUCAGUGCAUAAUCUGUGGUCUAUGAGACUAGUUAGUUUAGCAACAACUGCAUUUUCUGUUUCAAUAGGAAAAUGAGUCUGUGUCACUCAAGGACCCUCACUGUACAUUGCACUUCUGGGGCCCCUGGCAUGGCUGUACACGACUGGUCUUGUCAUUAAGGACUAGUAUUAAGUGUUUUUGUCCUGCUGCCUUCUGUAACAGGGAAUUUAAGAAGGUUUUUGGGACUAUGUUGCAUAAUAUGAAGAGCAGUUGUCCACCAUAUAUUAUUUUAUUUUUUUUUGUUUCUUUUUGUGAUGCAUUAAAUAGUGUCUGACCCAGUGUUUGAGAAGCCUGUGAGCCAAAAUGCCAUAUGUGUACAGGCCUUAAGUUAUUAAUGCUCCUUUACAGGCCCACACUACUGACCAGUUACAAUUGUAGUGUUUGUGUUUACAUUGAAGAGACUGUACAAAAUAUUGACAGGACAAACCUGGUAUGUAGGCAAAAGAGACAACCAGUCAAAUCCAGAACUAUGUUUGAGGGUGUGGCUCGUGUGAUUUCUGCACCACAAAAUUGUACAACAAUCCAGCUUGGCUCUUUUUAUGCAUGGCAUUAACAAAAGACGGUGCCAAGUUCAGGAAACUUGAGCCAUAAUCACCAAAUCACAAGACUGAGACUUUGUGUUUUAGCCUGUGUGCCAUCAGGUACCAAACACCAGUUGUGCAAAGAAUAAAGUAUUUUAAGUAUUGUUUA